UUAUCCGUUAUUAUUCACUGAAAUAAUUUAACAAUGGAUAUAAAAAAUGAUAAUGUUGCUAGUGCCUGCGGAACCGGACAACUGGUCAAUACUUUACGUCGUCCCGUAACUGUAGUUAAAAAGAGAUCAGGUCCAUUAGAUUGUAUGCUUGAUGAACUGGAUCGAAUUGAAGAGUCUUCUACUACUACGUCGGCCAAGAAUACAAAUCUUCAAGAGAAUGAAACUUGUGCAAGUCCAAGUCCAAAUCCGUCGAUUAAUCGAUGUUUGGGAUUAUCACCGACGGCUUCAGGGCGACGACGUUGUCACUCCAAAGAUAAAGAUAAAGAGAAGAAACGUGAACGCUGGCUAUUAACGCGAAAAACAUGGAGAUAUAUGACCGAUGCCGGACGGAAGUUAUUUCCUGAUGGCAUGCAACAUGGGGCCGGGACAUUGGAUAAUAUCUCUCAUAUCGAGGCCCAGUUUCAGCGUGUGUGUGCUUCAGAACCUCGGUUCAUACUAUGGCGACGCAAAUCAUCGUUUCCGGGAGCCACAAAGAGUUCGAGUUCGAGAAAGCGCCUUAAGAUACUUUCACGACAUCGCAACAACUAUGCAGUUCAUGUCCAGCAGAAAGAUCCAGAGGCUAAUGAGCAAAUGGAUCAAGCUAUAGAGCUCUUGCAGUCCUAUCUCAAAAUUCGUGACGCUUACAAAACAACGUUCCUUCUAAGCGCCAAAACAAUUAGGCCCGACCAAACCGCUUCGCCAAGCUCCCGUCGACCAAUAAAUGUAUCUGCAUCUGUAUCUAGUAAUCCGUCAAGAUCAGAGAACGAGAGCGGUGCGUACUGUGAGUCUGAAUUAUUGGAUCGAUUAAAGGCAUUGCAUAAAAGUAGCUUAUUUGGGGGUAUACAAUUGAAUAAUAUAACACCAAAGAUUCUUGAAGAUAAAGUGCUACUCAAGAAAAUCUAUAACAUAUUAAAAAAGCAGCAGCUACAUCGCAUUUUACAUUCCUCAGAGCCAACAAAAUCGACGAAUCAUCCUCUUGGUCGUGCCUCGUCAUUCUCAAGCAUGUUCAAUUAUCCAAGUUCCUACGAAAAUACCUCAACCGGUUUUCCUAUUCGCAAAGAACUUGAAAGCAAUAUUGAAAAACUUAAUAAUACAAGUAAUGCUCAUGAAGUACAAAAGUCGAGAAGUCAAACAACAUCAACUUCAACUUCAACCUUUACAAAACGUCAACGAAAACCGCCAGAGUCACUUGAACUAAGCCACAGUACACAAUCACAGCAAAACUAUCUCCAAAACAAUAGGAUCAAACAAAACUCCGACCUGAACCAAAGACAAAUGAUGCGGGAUCGGGAGAGGGAGAGGCAGAGGGAAAAGGAGAAGGAAAAGAUCAAGAGUUCGUCUGGAACACAAACAAAAUUCAUUCCACUGAGCGAAUUGAAAGCAAUUGCUCAACAAUAUGAGUUAAUGAUAGAACAUAAUUUAAAUAAUUCGGAGGAUGAGACGAGAGAGGAUAAAAAUACAAGUACAGCGUCAAGUCGGAGAAAAAGCUCGAUAGAUAAUGAGGAUGUCUCACAGUCCGUAAGCGAUACAAUUAAACGAUAUUUGAGAAUGGCCCGGAAGAAGAGUGUACAUGAUGCAGAUGCAAAUCGAUUCAAGUCCGUCAACUAUGACAGAAAUCUACGAAAUAUUAAGGCAAAGGGUGAAAUCAAUCCGCCGGGAAUGGAUGAAGGUAACAAUAAAGCCGUGCAGACUUUGGAUGCCUGGGCACUUGUUGCUUUGGAUUUCAUACGCGGCAAUAUGAAUUCCAAGAAUCUGCAAAAUGCACACAUUGCUUGGCAAAAAGAUUUGGAUGAGCGAAUUCGCAAGAAAUUGGAAUAUGAUCUAAAAUUUAACUCGAGUAAUAGCAAGACUAAAUCGAUUUGCAUUUCGGCGCCAACAUCGCCAACAAAUACGAUUCAAAAUCAUAGUUUAAAGGAGAAAACUGGAAGAACUGCCAGCGCUUUACUCUCUUCAAGUUCGCAUUUUAUUUCCAAUUUUUGGCAUGCAAACAAUACAGAAUCUUCAAGUUUUCAGAACUCAAAGAAUGGAAAUGUAAAUGAAACAUAUUUAAAUUCAAAAAAUGAUACAACUAUGCAAAAGUCCAAGUCAUUAUCUAAUGUUGGUCAAUUUGUUUCGCGGAAAAUUUGGGGCAGUCGAUCGAAAUGUCAAAAUAGACAAAAUGACAGUCAGCACUAUGAGUCACAUCCUCAGAAAUGGGCUCCAUCGGAAAACUGUACAUGGAUAUCAGAGCAAGGUCAAGUCCUGCAAUUGACGGAUACGUCCUUAGAAAGACUUUCCGAUACCGAAGCAGAAUUACUAAUGCAUAUUGCAAUUGAAAAGAUCAAGGAAUUAAAUAUUGGAAUGAAUAUAGAUUUGGAGUUGAAGUCUCAGAAAAGAAAAGUGAUUUCAAAGAAAAGAGCUCUCACAACAAGCUUUUUUGAUAUUGGAAGAAAGGAUGAACACAAUAGACGUGAUAUUUUAUUUGGAACAUCACUGGAAUAUUGUCUAACAAGAGACAGAAAACCAGAGACAGUUGUCGAUCCCGGAUCAAAGCAUUCAUUGACAUCAGUAUUUCGCGGUAGUAACUGCAACAACAACAGUAAUAGAGUUGGAAAAUUAAAUAAUAAUGUACGUUCGUGUGAGAGUUUGCCAACAAAGUCAUUAGAUUACGUGGGUCGAGGACCUUCGGAGCGAGUUUCUUCCGCAGACUCUUUCACAAAUCUUCAGAAAUCUUCAUCGAUAUCGAUGCAAAUGUCACAAAGUCAGUUUGAUGUGAGAAGUAUUGAUAUGGAUUUGAAUAGAUUAACAUUCGAUGAAUCAAUGCAGAAUUUUAAGUUAAAUGUACCCAUGUUCAUAAUAAAUUGUAUAGAAUACUUGGAAGAACAUGGACUUCAGAAAGUUGGAAUCUUUCGUGUUAGUACUUCAAGAAAACGUGUGAAACAGUUACGUGAUGACUUUGAUAAGGAAUGGAACAUGUGCAUUCCUCCUAAUACAUGCCCACAUGAUGUAGCUACAUUACUCAAGGAAUAUUUACGAGAUCUACCAGAGCCUUUACUAUGCAAAAAACUGUAUACAACAUUUUUGGAAACUCAACGUAUUCGAAAUCGGCGUUUACAGCUUGAGGCAAUAUCUCAUCUUAUCAAAUUGCUACCAAUUGCACAUCGAGAUACUUUACAUGUAUUACUUAGAUUUCUGGGUAACGUAGCUGCCCAUUGCGAUGAUAUAUGCUCCAGCGAUGGUAUAGUUCAAAUGAAUGGAAACAAAAUGGACAGUCAUAACUUAUCCACAGUUUUUGCCCCAAAUAUUUUGCGUAAUUCUUCGCCAAAUACGGCUGAAUAUAAAGAGCAGGGAAAUAUGGGCGAUGCAAUAAAUGUAAUAAGAAUAAUGAUUGACCACUAUGAAGAAUUAUUUAAAGUACCAGGUGAAAUGAUUGAUGUGCUUUACUCUCAUAUGCUUGAUACUUGUCCAGAUAAACUACACGCACUUAUUUCGAAUAAAAUCCAACAGUUGCCAAACACGCAAAUUGAAAACUUCAAAUCAAAAAGCGACAACGAAAACGAUAGUCAGGUAUAUCUGAAGGAAGCAGCUUACGAUUCUACUCUUAUAUGUGAUGGAAGGCGUCAAUCUACGCCAGUUUUGCUGGAUAAACUAAACGUAUUCUCAGCCAGUCUACAGAUAACAAUGCCCGAUGAAUCAGCUUUGCAAGCAUCGCAUUCAGAAAAUAAAAUGAUUAGUAGCAGCAUAAUUGAGCCCAAAUUACCAGCGAGUAUAUCUAAUAUCGGAGGAGCAACAUUAAGUGCAAAAACUGCGGAAUUCGAGAAAUCUGCUAAUAAAAAUUCCACAUAUCAUGAAUCACAUACUCACACGGCCAAAACGAAACAGCUUUAUAAGCGCCAGCAGCUAAUAUCUAGCUCAAAGCGCUAGAAAUAUUAAUGCUUUGAGCUAUAUACAUAUAUUGCACGAUAAAAUUGUUCCAACUACAUUGUGUGAAAAUUUCAGCCUCCUGGGUCUUAUGGUCUAGGCUGUGCAAUAAAUUAGGACAAAGAGUUUUAUACAUAUAGAUAUAAAAUGAGAUCUUAGAUGGUAAGUUUUCCAGUCCAGAUUUCAUUUGAGCUGUCUCCAUAAAA